AAGUGGCGUCAUGACGGCGGCGGCUGGUAACAUCACUCGCUGUUCAGCUGCACGAAAAAUGGCUUCAUGGAUGCGCGGCGGCUGUGGAAGAACUCAAGAGGUCCUUCCGUAAAAGCAAAGAUUGCUACUGAAUUUGAGAGAGCCAAGUUGCAACACGUCAAUGGCCUCUGACAGCUGACACGAUGGCUCAAAUAUCCAGUAACAAUGGAUUCAAACCCAAUCUCCCUCCUGCUCUGGGAGCAGCUUUGGCGAAGGACAUUGGCAAAGAGGAAGCCCUGCAGAUGGAAGCCGAGGCACUGGCACGACUGCAGAAGGAAAAAAAAGCGACUGUGCGCCUAAGUCAGAAAUCCUCCAUGGGUGGAAAUCCGAAAGCCACAUCCUGCAGCCGACCAGACCGAGACCUCAUCAUUUUUCCGGAAUCAGAUGCCAAGAAAAGGGCAGACGAGAACAAAUUCAGAAGCAUCAAAGUCGAGGAGCUAAGCCAUGCAGAACUUGAGAAGCUGCUUCUGGAUGACACAUUUAGUGUUACUAACAACCCCACCAGGCCUCAGAGUAUAUCCACGGCUCCUCCAUUAUCCGUGUCGUCUUCCACGCCAUUGUAUACUCGUGCUUCCCACUUUGGUGGUGUUGGGCAGUGGAUGCCUGGUCCGGUGAACCCAGUACUGCCAACUACAGUUCUUCAGACUCCUCUUUAUUCUUCAACUUCAUUUCCAAAACACAAUUAUUCCUUUCAAAAUGGCUUCAGUUCUAGAGUGCCUCCCUACCGGCUGCCAGAGCCUGUUUAUAUUGGCCUUCCUCCAGCUUCCCAGUUUGUGUCAUUCCCACUCCCGCCUACUGCACCCAUGUGUUCUUUGCCGGUUUACCAGCCAGCGGUUACUCCCGAAAUGGUGAAAUUGUUUGAUAAGAUCGCCAGCACUUCAGAAUACUUGAAAAAUGGAAAAUCCACUAGCACUGACUUGGAGUCUGCCAGCACCAAGGCCAUGGUUCCAAAACUUCCGUCAGUCGAAAGUGCGAACGCCAGUCGCUUUGACUGGCUCGAUCUCGAUCCUCUCACCAAGCCCAAGGUGGAUAACUUCGACCCUGCACUCCAUAGUGAGGUUUUUGGAAAGACCGAGCCAAGCAUUGCUAAGGACCCCUGGGAUGCAGUGCUGCAGGACAAGAGUGCUCCUUCCUCCUCGGGCACCUCACGUGUUGAGUGCGAUCGCUCCUCCUCAUGCCCAACAGGCGCAAAGCCAUUGGGAACCUCAGUCACACGCAGCCAGUCGUUAAAUAUUAAGGCUUCCAGCUUCCGACCUGCCAAGGCUGUGAAUGAAACCACUCAGGUGGACCAAGAAACCGGAAGAAUUCAAAAUGCUGAUAAAAUCCUUGAAGAGAUGGCAACACAGAAUGAAGAGCUGCAAGACUUCUUCAAAGAAGUCACAAAGUUGAGAUCCCAGUACCCACAUGAUGACAUGUCCACUAACCCUGGCUACAUCCUAAGUCCCGUGAUGCUUGAGAGAGAUUUGAAAGGAGAGAGCAGCAGUGUCAAGGUUUCCAUAGAGACAGGAGGCUCCCAGCAGCCCAUCACGUUCACCUGUGACGAUAUGGUGCACGUUGCUGAUGAUGAUUCCUCUGCAGUGGAUUUGCAGAAGUGUCUGUUCCCCAUAGAGAAACCACUUAAGGAAGCGGCUUCCAGACAGACUCUUGCUACCUGCAUUGAAGAGUACCACAAACAAGUCCAACUGUGCCUUCAGAAUGAGAAUAGCCAAUUUAAAACGGUGGACAAUGUAGUCCAGGCGGUCAGAAAUAUGUGUUCUGCGUUAGACGGAGUUGAGACAAAGGCUGUCACAAAUGCCGUGAAGCAGCUGAAAAGAUCUGUGAACCUUCCAAGAAGCAAGACCUUAGAGGCCGGUUUGAAGUCUGCAGAUGGCUUUACUAAAAGCACUUCAGCUGCAUCGUCGGGUCCUAACAGCCCAGUUGAAGAAAGCAUGAAUGCCCUGACCACAGCAGUCUGUGACCUCCUGCAGCUGUACUUGAAAUCAUUUAGUAGCAGCCCUGCAUCUACAGAGUCCAGCGUAGCCGAGACGAGAGCCAUAAAAGAGGCCUACAAAACAACAGAACACCUGCAGUUUACUCUGUUUGCUGCUCACGGGAUUUCAGCUAAUUGGGUGAGCAGCUAUGAAAAGUACUACAUGCAGUGCUCACUGAUGCAUAACGGAAGGAACUUGUUUAAGCCAGUUCAGUCGAAGAAAGUCGGAACUUACAAGAGCUUCUUUUACCUCAUUAAAUGGGAUGAACUAAUAAGCUUCCCUAUUCCAAUUUCUCAGCUGCCUUUGGAAUCGGUGCUCAAUCUCGCUUUGUACGGCAUUUUAAAUCAGAACGCCAGCAGCUCGCCUGAUUCCAACAAGCCAAGAAAAAGGCCUGAUCUCCUUGGCACAGUCUCCAUGACGCUCUUUAACUUCAAAAGAGUUCUAACAAAUGGAACCAAGCUGCUUAAUUUGUGCACGACGGUCCCUGUGACCCCAGCAGGCCCAGCUAAUAGGAAGGGCAGUCCAACGGAGAGAAUCGUCCUACAGGUGGAUUUCCCACACCAGGCAGCUGACAUUGUUUAUGUACCACCUCAGCCAGAAAAUAAACUGACGCCACAGGCCUUGGAAACACUGGACACCGAAGUUCAAAAGCAACUUGAAAAAAUUUUCAGUAAAAGUUCUUCCGUAGGCCUUUCUAAGGCCGACAGAGAUCUCUUGUGGGACAAAAGGAACUUUUGCCAUUCACAUAGAAACUGCCUCCCGAAGAUUCUUGCAAGUGCGCCUGGCUGGGACUGGACGACGUUGCCUUCCGUUUACGGUCUCCUUUAUCAGUGGCCUCCUGUCUCCCCUCUGUGUACUCUUGAACUUUUACACUUGAGGUUUGCGGACACUGAGGUUCGUACUGCUGCUGUCAAGUGGCUUGAACACAUAAGCAACGAUGAAGUGAUGGAUUAUCUUCCACAGCUUGUGCAGGCUUUGAAGUUUGAAUGCUAUCUUAAGAACGCCCUUGUGAUCUUCCUGAUGUCCAGAGCACUGCAGAACAUUCACAUCUCACAUUAUCUGUAUUGGCUCUUGAAGGAUGCUGCCCAGGACCCGCUUUUCAGAGCUCGCUAUGAAAAUGUUUUAGGUGCCUUGCUCUCUCUGUGUGGCAAAGGGCUGAGAGAGGAGCUGGAGAAGCAGACCAGAUUUGUGCAGCUCUUGGAAGUCGUGGCUGAAAAAGUGCGGCAAGCUGGUGGAUCAGCAAGACAGGUUGUCCUGCAGGAGGGCAUGGAGAGAGCGAGGACCUUCUUUGUCAAGAACAAAUGCAGACUUCCUCUAAAUCCCAGUUUGGAGGCAAAGGAAAUCAAUGUUAAGGCCUGCUCCUUUUUUAACUCCAAUGCCGUGCCACUCAAAAUAGCCCUGACAAAUGCCGACCCCCUUGGAGACGAAAUCAACGUCAUGUUUAAGGUAGGAGAAGACCUUCGUCAAGACAUGCUCGCUUUGCAGCUAAUCAAGAUCAUGGAUAAACUCUGGAUUCAGGAAGGUUUAGAUCUGCGAAUUGUCAAUUUUAAAUGCAUCUCGACAGGAAAAGACAGAGGAAUGGUGGAACUUGUGCCUUCGUCAGAGACGCUGAGGAAAAUCCAAGUUGAAUAUGGAGUCACAGGGUCCUUUAAAGACAAGCCCCUCGCAGAGUGGUUAAGGAAGUACAACCCAACAGAGGAGGAAUAUGAAAAGGCUUCUGAAAACUUCAUCUACUCGUGUGCAGGGUGCUGCGUUGCCACCUACGUCUUGGGCAUCUGUGAUCGACACAACGACAACAUCAUGCUUCGUUCCACAGGGCACAUGUUCCACAUCGACUUCGGCAAGUUUCUUGGACACGCUCAGAUGUUUGGAAGUUUUAAAAGAGACCGAGCUCCUUUUGUGCUGACCUCUGACAUGGCUUAUGUGAUCAAUGGUGGUGAGAAACCAACCAGCCGUUUCCAGCUCUUUGUGGACCUCUGCAGCCAGGCCUACAAUCUGAUAAGGAAACACGCCAACCUUUUUCUCAACCUACUUUCUUUGAUGACGUCUUCAGGAUUACCGGAGCUCAGUGGUGUGCAGGAUCUCAAAUACGUCUAUGAUGCCCUGCAGCCUCAGACAACUGACGCUGAGGCCACCAUAUUUUUCACAAGGCUAAUUGAAUCCAGUCUGGGCAGUGUGGCUACAAAGUUUAACUUCUUCAUCCACAAUCUGGCACAGUUACGCUUCUCAGGACUGCCAUCAAACGACGAGCCCAUACUCUCUUUUUCGCCGAAGACGUACACGCUGAAACAGGAUGGAAGAAUUAAAGAAGUGUCUGUGUUCACUUACCAGAAACGAUACAACCCUGACAAGCACUACACGUACGUCGUGAGGGUGCGGAGAGAAGGCCAGAGUGACGCUUGCUUUGUCUUUCGUACUUUUGAUGAAUUUCAGGAGCUGCACAAUAAGCUUUCUAUCCUCUUCCCAUUGUGGAAACUUCCAGGGUUUCCUAACAAGAUGGUCCUGGGGAGGACUCACAUAAAAGACGUGGCUGCCAAGAGGAAAGUGGAGCUAAACAGCUACAUCCAGAAUUUAAUGAGGGGCUCAGCCGAGGUGUCAGAGUGUGACCUCGUCUAUACAUUUUUUCACCCGAUGCCAAGGGAUGACAAAGCAGAAGGACUGGAAGGAAUUCCUAAAUCGAUGGAUGUAAUUCCAGUGAGUCCCAUGUCUGGUAAAAUUGGCGGAGAGGUGAAGCUGUCGAUUUCCUACAGGAACAGCACGCUCUUCAUCAUGGUGAUGCACAUCAAAGAUCUGGUAACUGAUGAUGGAACUGACCCCAACCCCUAUGUGAAGACUUACCUGCUGCCAGACCCCCACAAGACGUCCAAACGCAAAACCAACAUUUCAAGGAAAACGAGCAAUCCAACGUUUAAUGAGAUGCUCGUGUACAACGGAUACAGCAAGGAGACCCUGAAGCAGCGAGACCUUCAACUGAGCGUGCUGAGCGCCGAGUCCCUGCGAGAGAAUUACUUCCUUGGCGGAAUCACCUUGCCAUUAAAAGACUUUGACCUGAACAAAGAAACGGUGAAUUGGCACAAGUUGGAGGCCGUGCCGUAUUUCAAGUAGCUCUGACACGAUUUGGCUCACUGCCGUCUUGACACACAGCUCCACUUGGUUUGUAGCAUUUUGUAUAUUUGCAAUUAAGAGGACCAAACCGUUUGUACGAGAGCCUCUCAGAGAUAAAUCCGCUUCUACGAAAUCCUAACGAUAGACCAGCCAGGCAAAAUCAAGUGUCCCCAAUGGAAAAGCUCUCACUUGUCAUGUUAGACCAGGCCCGAUAUGGAAGUGUUUGGGAGCCUGUCGUUUGUAGGCCUCAGCUUCAGUGACUAUAAAAAUGUGCCAAACAUAAGCCAUAAAGAUAAUAAAUAAAUACAUCGAGCGUGCUUCCAUCUUGGGUGUAGAGGUCAAGAGGAUCUCGUUUGGACAGGUAGGCGCUCUCAUUUAAGGACAGGACCACGUAGCGUUCUUCAUUUUUAGCCUUUCACGUUUGCCCUUCUACUUCACGCACACACGGGUGAUUUCAGAGGUCCACAUUACGGUCACAAUGGCCGCGUCAUUCAGUAGAGAAGGCCAGGACGUUUUGGUGGCACUGAUCGCUAUGCCUGUAAAGGCCUUGUGGUGUCACCCUAACCCGAGUCUUCAAUCGUAAGCACACAAGUCGACUCCAGUCGCGGGAUUUGUGACACCGGGUGCUACAACAGCUUCUUGGUGACGUGUCUUUGUGGUUUUCUGCACAGCACUGGCCAGUGAACACAAUUGGUCAAGCCGGAACUCAGAGAAGAGGCUGGGGAACCAAAAAUUAAGUUGGAAAAGCACAAGUUUGUUGUAAAUACUUUCAGAAUUUGGGCUAAAUUGCUAGUUUUCUAAAGGCUGUUUUUCUAUAAGGUGCCCUGUACCAUUUCAGUCGCGUUUCUUGUGCCAGCGAGCUUGUUUUGCGAUCUGAAGUGACGCUUUUCAGACUGACCUUCCACACCAGAACUGCUGUCCCCCAGUGUCUUUGGGUGGUGUUGCCUUCACGAGGCCCUGUAAAUAAUUGACGUUUUUAUUGCCAGGAUGUUGUCGCUUACACACACACACACUCUCUCACGUACCCAGCGACAUGAAGGUGACCUCGGUGUUUCUGAGCUGCACGUUUUCUGAACUGUCCAUUCAUGCGUCACCAGUAAAUUUUCACUCCAGUUGCUUUGUGACUCUUCCUGAUGCCGGAAUAAUAAAUGUGUUCAUAAAUUUCUCGGAAUCGUCGACAGCACCAACUUUCCCCCUACAAGUCUGCAGUCGGUUGAGUUUUUCGCAGCGUCUUAGUUGCCCUUAAUUUCUGUUCGGGUUCACUUGUGUAUAAAUUAGUGUUUCUCGUUGGCAUGAAGUCGAGUCGCUCUCGAUGCACGUUUAUCGUGAUUGGCUUCUCCUUCCCCUCAUUUUUUGCACAAACCUCCCAUCACGAGGCCUUCACAAAAGUCAGAACUCCCCUGAGAAUUGGUCCUAAAAAACACAUUUUUUUCCACAGUGAAACUGGUGGCACCGCGGGUACAACUUGCCGUUUCCUCCACUGACUCGAUGUAUUCGUGCCGUGCACUGAAGGAAGGCUAGCGAGGAGCGUGCGUAUCUGUGCCUGGAGCCACCGUGGCGGCCUGCUGGGAUUCUGCUCCUGACCUUUGGUGAGCGUAAAUAGGAAUUUGCACUAAAACGGCUUUUUGUAGAGGAGUGCGAGUGUUUGGACGAUCGUAACUGUCAGCACGCUAGACGAGAUGAUUACUAAACGUCUUUGAAAUCCUGAGACAUCCCUGCUGCCUUAAUUUACUCUCCUGUAACAAAAUAGCAGAAAAGCCAGCGUCAGCCGCCCAUUGUAGAAACGAGAAGAAGUAAAUAGUAAUGGCCUUUGUAUCAUACUGUAGGUAUACUAUGAUGGUGUACAUUGUUAUUUACAGGCUGUGACACGCGUGCCUUGAUUAGUCGCCACAGAGGGUCACAACUAGUGAAGAUGUACAGUAUUUCUAAUUUUAAAUAAACGUUCUUUUCCAAACUU